AUGUCUGACAAAAGAACAAUUCUGGUGACCGGCUGCUCAGAUGGAAGUCUGGGCUCUGCGCUGGCCCUGGCUCUACACGCCUACGGAUGGCGUGUCUUCGCUUCCGCACGAAACGCCUCCAAGUUGACAGCCACCGAGGCUGCCGGCAUCGAGAGUGUGAUAAUGGACGUCUGCUCGGACGAGUCUGUCUCUGCCGCAGUGGACCAUGUCAAGAAGCUGACGGGCGGCCUUCUCGACGGCCUCAUCAACAAUGCGGGAACCGCCUAUAACACGCCCGUUAUCCACAUCGACAUCGCAAAGGCCCACGAAGUCUACGAACUGAAUGUCUUUUCCAUCGUCAGAGUCACCCAGGCCUUUCUACCGCUUCUUCUCAAAUCACAGCACGGCGCCAUCGUCGCAAACAACACCUCAGGCAAUGGCAUCCUCGGAUGCGGAUCGGCAUUCACUGGAGCGUACAACUCCUCAAAGGCCGCAGCUUCCAGCUUGACCGAGGCGCUGCGACUGGAGCUCCAGCCCUUUGGAAUCAAAGUUGUCAAUCUUGUUACCGGAGGUGUCAAGUCGACCUUUUUCAAAAACGCCCCCGACCACAUUCUCCCAGCCGAUUCAGUGUACAAUAUCGCAAAGGAGGCCAUUGAGCGGCACAUGGGGGGCAACCAAUCGGAACAUAUGGAUGCUGCGACGUGGGCAAAGCAAGUAGUGAAGGAUAUCAGUCAGAAGAAGCCACCGCAUCUGGUAUGGAGGGGAACGCUGUCUAAUACCGCAAAGCUCGUGUCAGUCCUACCUAUAGGUACUUUGGACAAUAUCCACAAGAAGAUGGCUGGGAUUGAUGUUUUGGAAAAGAACAUCAAGGAAAAGGGCGGGCUUGCCAAGGUUAAGCAGGACUUGGAAAAGUAG